UGGUCCUUUCGGCUUCAGACUCCCACCCCUGAGAGAGUUUAGAGCAUCAACAAAAAGUUUAACAUCCUUGUACACCAAAAAGAGUAAAGUUUAGCUUCAUUCAUCUCCCCCCCCCCCCGCCCCGUAGUUCAUGCUUCUUCUCUUCUCCUUAUCAUCUUACUCCUCCCGCCGCUUUCCUCUUGAGUUUGCUGCAGUUGAACUUAAAAUAAGUUUGCUACGGUUGGUUCGUGGAGGGGGAAAAUCUUGGUAUACGUGGAGGAUUGUGUGCUGAAGUCCUUGAAGCAGAAGUAUAAUUCAACAAUGCCUGGUUUCAAAGCAAAAAUUAGAGUCGCACUUCUUAUCAUCCUCGUGAUAGGGAUUUCUCUUGUGGCUUUAUAUGGUGUCGUAAAACCCAUUUCAAAUGGAUGUAUCAUGACGUACAUGUAUCCUACAUACAUUCCUAUCUCUUCAUCUGAAAGCAUUGCGCCAGUGAAAUAUGGAUUAUACUUAUAUCACGAGGGUUGGAAAAAGAUAGAUUUUAAGGAGCAUCUCAAGAAGCUCAGCGGUGUUCCGGUGCUUUUUAUCCCAGGCAAUGGUGGUAGCUACAAACAGGUACGAUCUUUGGCAGCAGAAUCUGACAGGGCAUAUCAGAGUGGUCCCCUUGAGCAUUCAUUUUACCAAGAAGCUUCCCUAAGCUCUGAGGAAGGAGGAGCACAUAUGAAUUUCUCUGAAUUUCACUUGCCUAAUCAGUAUACUAGCAGGCUAGACUGGUUUGCUGUGGACCUUGAAGGUGAACAUUCUGCGAUGGAUGGUGGAAUCCUUGAAGAACACGCUGAAUAUGUUGUAUAUGCCAUUCACAAGAUAUUGGAUCAAUAUAAACUGCCUUAUGAUGCUCGAACAAGAGGUGCCACAGCUCCUGGGAGUUUACCAAAAAGUGUGAUAUUAGUUGGUCACUCCAUGGGAGGUUUUGUUGCUAGAGCUGCAGUUAUCCACCCUCGUCUUAGGAAAUCAGCAGUUGAAACUAUUCUUACCCUCUCAACACCACAUCAAUCACCUCCUUUGGCAUUGCAGCCUUCCUUGGGUUAUUACUUUCAACGUGUAAAUCAGGAAUGGAGAGAGGGAUAUAAAGUUCAUACUACUAACACAGGGCGUUAUGUAUCUGAUCCUGUGCUCUCUCAUGUUAUUGUUGUAUCUAUCUCUGGUGCAUAUAAUGAUUACCAGGUGCGGUCUAAAUUAACAUCACUUGAUAAUAUUGUGCCCCCAACUCAUGGAUUCAUGGUCAGUAGUACAUCUAUGAGAAAUGUGUGGUUGUCCAUGGAGCACCAGGCUAUUUUAUGGUGCAAUCAAGUUGUUAUCCAAGUAUCACACACUCUUCUUAGUUUAAUAGACUCCAAAACAGGCCACCCUUUUCCAGAUACUGAAAAGAGACUUGCAGUUUUUUCAAGAAUGUUACGUAGUGGAAUCUCACAUAAUUUCAACAGGAUGAUGCAGUUGCCUUCUAAACAUUCAAUAAGUACUCCUGCCCACAGUACAAAAGAUUCCACUGGAUCUCAAGUGCAUUCAGCUACAUGUCCUCCCAAUAUUCAAUGGAGUGAUGAUAGCCUUGAAAGAGACCUAUACAUUCAGACAAAUGUGGUGACUGUCUUAGCAAUGGAUGGUCGAAGGCGGUGGUUGGACAUACAAAAAUUGGGGUCAAAUGGAAGAAGUCAUUUUGUGUUUGUGACCAACCUGGAGCCUUGUUCUGGGAUUAGACUUCAUCUGUGGCCAGAAAAGGAUAAAUCUUCUUCAACUUUGCCUCUCAGUGGAAGGGUUGUUGAAGUCACAUCAAAGAUGAUGCGCAUUCCCUCAGGUCCACCACCACGACAGAUGGAACCUGGCAGUCAGACUGAGCAACCUCCACCAUCUUCUGUGUUUUGGUUGGGGCCUGAAGAUAUGCGUAGCUUUAGAUUCCUUACAAUAUCAGUUGCACCUCGUCCGACCAUUUCAGGCAGACCACCACCUGCAGCAUCUAUGGCUGUUGGGCAGUUCUUUAAUCCAGAAGAAGGGAAGCUAGAGAUAUCUCCAUGGUUGAUGCUUCAAUCUACCUAUUCUCAAAAGGAGAUGGUGUUGGAGGAAGCUCAUCCUCUUGCUGUUCGGUUGUCAUUUUCGACCAGCUUGGGUCUUCUUCCUGUUACUCUGUAUUUGAAAACUGCCACCUGUGGAAUAGAUAACUCUGGGCUUCCAGAAGAGGAAGCUGGGGACCUUGAAAGUAGUAGGCUCUGCAAACUCCGUUGUUUUCCACCUGUUGCACUCGCUUAUGAUGACACUGGUGGUCUUCAUAUGUAUCCAAAUUUGAACACUGAGACAAUUAUGGUUGAUUCCUCACCAGCACAUUGGGGUUCAACGAGGCACUCUGAGAGAACCGUUGUUCUUUUGCUGGUUGAUCCGCAUUGUUCUUAUAAAAGUAGUAUUGCCAUUUCCAUCAGUGCUGCUGCUAGCAGGUUUAUCCUAUUGUAUAAUCCAGAGAUAGUUGGUUUCUCCAUUGCCAUCAUUUUCUUUGCCCUAAUGCGGCAGGCAUAUGCAUGGGAUCUUGAUCUGCGGAUACCUUCAAUGCUCACAGCUGUGGAAUCCAAUUUGACAGUGCUGUCACAUUUUUUCUUCCAAGCCAUCCUACCCAUUUUCAUUUCCUUGUUCCUUUCGUUAGUGAUGUCUCAGCCAAUUCCUCCCUUUGCUAGCUUCAUCAGCAUCUCUCUGAUUUGUUAUGUUUUCGCAAAUGGGCUCAUAGCUAUUCUGAUUUUGGUGUCUCACUUGCUAUUCUUCGUGGGUGCUGUUUCGCACAUAUUCAUCAAGACAAGGUGGCAAAUGUGGGAACGAACUGCUUGGUUUAUAUUUCUUGAGUGGUUUACUAAUCUUUCAUCCAUCAUCUCUUCUUUCAAGUUGGUUAGGGUUCUGAGAGCCAAUCCAGUGCUUGUUACAACACUUGCUGCAAUUAUAUUGGCAUGCUUGGUUCAUCCAGCCUUGGGUCUAGUUAUUCUUCUGUUCUCUCAUGCUGUCUGCUGUCACAGUGCUCUAUGCAGUUUCCUGACAGCUUCAUGCCGCAGCCCUGCGCAAAAUGAAAGUUAUGAUUGUCAAAGUGAAGACUACAAUAGACCUGAGCAAGUUAAGUUCAAAUUCGAUGCUAGUUUUAAUCGGACACUCCAUUCAGGAGAUGACUGCGCCAACAGUCCAGACUCAUCAAAAAGUUUUGGGGACACACAGUUAGAUCUAUUUCAUCAUCGCCAUGGCUUGUUGAUAUUGCAUUUUGUUGCUGCAACAAUGUUUGCUCCAUCUCUUGCAGCUUGGUUGCAGAGGCUAGGAUUGGGUUGGAGCUUCCCUAGGCUGUUGGAUUCUGUUCUUUGCAUUGGCAUCAUCCUCCAUGGCGCUGGCAACUCGAAGCCGGAGUUCAAUUCCUUCUUCUUAUCCUUGACCGGAGUACCCAUCCGCAAAGUGAGACUAUAUUUUAUCUAUGCAGCAGCUGGAUACGUGUCCUAUCUUUCCGGUCUGGCGCUGGUCCCUUACGGAGCAAUUUAUGCUAUGGCGGCUGUGGGAGGCAUUUCCUUUGUUUUACAGAGGUUUCAAAGAAGUUACAGAGAUAAGAAAGAGAUUGCUUAUGUCAGCCGAAAGCAUUCGCAUAGGCACUGAAAUCUUUGUGGCGUUUUGAUCAUAGGAGGCCACUUCGUAAUUGUAUGCGUAACAUGGUGAGUGAAAAAUGCCACGGAGAUGGAAACCUGGGCUAUUGCUGUUAAAUAUGUUGUAUCCAUGUCCCAGGGGCUCUGUUUUCAGGCGAACUACGGAAUUCCAUUAUUCCGAGGAACGUUGGUAAAGUUUCUAAGCCCAGGCUAAGCGUAUUCAAGGGGUAAUGGGGAGGGGGGGGGGGUUUAGGUGGUUGUAUCAUUUUGUUGGGAUCUCCAUUGACCUUGUCUUUUGCAAUUCCGUCCGAGUAGUUUGCUUUUGCAGUUUGAAUUUAUUACGUAGGCAUUCAAUUUAUUUAAAUAUAUUGAUUAUAAUGAGUUCACUCGUUGAAUUUGA